AUGCAAGAAGACUCUACUUUUGAGAGCUCUCUGUACGCUUCUACAAUAAAAUCAAGCACGAACAGCCCCCUCCCCUGCCAUGGGCCCUCUGACCAGAUGAAGAGACAGUUUCUAAAAACAGCUGAAAAGUGUCCCAUACGGCUCUUGCUAUACUGGCUUCGAGAAACCGUAUGGGAUACUGCUGCUUAUGCCUACAUUUCCCCUCCGCUGGAGGGAAUAUGCAGUGUGGAAAGACACGUUCUCUCUCUGCCCCCAUUGCCGGAUUUGCACCAGAAACGAGAAUCUGGCUGGCUCUAUUGUGCUUUCACCAUUCAACUGCUAGUCGGCAUGUGGUAUUCUGUGAAUGGCUGGCUAUCGAAGCACCUCAAGGGCGACCUGUAA